AUGGAGGCAAAAUCACAUUGGACCCAACAUCAUGAGGGAGGGGUUGUAAACACUAUUGACAACUGGGACAUAGAUGAAAUUUCAUCUAUUGGAGUUGGUAAAGUAGUAAAGUCUAUUGGUUAUUUCAAAUGUCUGUCCUUGUGGUAUAGUCACCCUAGUCUAAGUUGUGGUUCAAUAAGGCCUCGAAAUUGUGAUGAAGAAGUCAGGCAGUUCUGCACUGAUGUGAAGGGCCACAGUAAAGUCCAUGUCUAUGUGGAGCAUAUUGUUGAGACAUCUUCUUUUACUGUAGCACUCUUGGACAUUGUUGAUAAGGCUGGUGAGUCUGAUGUAGAAAUAGAAAUAAUUGAGACUGAGAAGGAUAAUGGCAGUGGUGUGCAAGUUGUUCCAGACUUUGUAACUAAGAAGGAGACGGAUAAUGUGCAAGGUGAUCCAGAGUCUGAGGCUGACGCAGUUGCGGCUGAUAAAGAGGAGGAUAAGGGUGUUGAAGGUGAUGAUAAGGGUGAGGAAGUUGAAGUUGACAAAGAGAAGGACCAAACUGCUGAGGUUGACAAGGAAGCAGUGACUGAGAAUGAUACUCAUGUACAAGAUGGGAGUGAAGUUGAAAGGGAUAAGACUAGACAAAAGAAACACACAAAAAAGGAUGCUAGCCGGAGGGAGUUGAAGAAGUAUCUUCGAAAUGACCUUAAUUGCUGUUUAUGGAGGGCUGUUAGGGCAAGCAUAGUUCCUGAAUGGACUGUAGCAAUGGAAGCAAUGAAACCACUGAAUGAAGCUGCCUAUCUGGAACUGAAAAACCUCCCACCAAAACAAUGGGUCAUAUCAGCUUUUUCUACUGACACACAUUGUGACUUGCAGGUCAAUAACAUGUGUGAAGACUUCAAUAUGGUCAUUCUAGAGCAUAGGGAGAAGCCUAUUGAUGACCCGGGGUUGGAUAGCCAUGAUGAUAUGAGAAGAGAAAAUUACAAAAUUGAAAAAGAAUCUGAUGAGUCGCGCAUGUGCGUCAUGGAUGGCAGAUGCGUGGCAUUACUGUAUGAAGAAAAGAGGAAAAAACUGAAGACCACACAUAGAAAAUCCACAUAUAUGGAGACUUACUCUUACCUCAUCGGACCAAAUAAUGGACCAAAGCUAUGGGGUGAGGAUCAUUCUUUGCCACUAAAUCCACCAUUCAUGAGGAGAGAUGUUGGAAGGCCAAAAACAUAUAGAUCUAAGAAGAAUGAUGAGCCUAAGGACCCUAACAAGAUGAGGUUGAGGAAACAUCACAAAAAUGUGAAGUGCCGAAGAUGUGGGAAAUUUGGACAUAAUAAAAGGACAUGCACAAGGAAGACUGCGGAAAACAUAGCAAUACCUGUUGGUGGAAAUAAGGAUAAUACUCAACUCUUGCACCCUGAACAGAGGAAUGAAGUUGGAUCUUCUACUGCUACUAAAAUUCUAGUUGGAUCUCAGGCACCACAAUCUCAAACUGGUACUGAGAGUCAGCCACCAUCAUCUCAGAGCCAACCACCAUCACCUCAGGUCCUGCCACCAUCAUCUCAGGGCCACACUCCACCAUCUCAAACUCAGCCUCCACAAAGAAAGCCUAGAGUGACCAAGCCUAAGCCUAAGCCUAAGACACAAGGAAAACCAAAUAAAGCUGCAACAAGAGGAAAGAAGAAUAUUGGAGAGAGUAGUGGGACUAAGUAG